CACUGCGUUCUUGCCCGAUCCCCUAUUGUGGGCAUGCGCCAUGGCCAAUCCCCGUGAGUGGGUAUGCACCGAACACAAGGUCAUCAUCAUCAUCAUCAUCAUCACCAUGUACUCUCUGGUCAACAACAACAGAACAAGAUCGCGGCUUCCUCAAUGAUUCAAGCUGAACCCCAGCGUGUGCCACAGGAAGGAGACAUCGUAGUCAGGUUUACCGGAAGAAAUGCUGCGGAAGCUGACCUCGGUGAGCUUAUCGAGCGGUACUGGUACGACGUCCGCUUCCAGUUCUUCAUCGAGGGUCGCAAGUCCACCACUUACUGCAUCAGCGCCGAGCAGGCACCCACCGUCCGCCUUCAGCAGCUCAGGCUCAUCGACAUCGCCAAGGGGCACUACGAGGCCUCGUUGCUAAUCUUGGCGUCCAAGGAUCUCCCGGAGUUGCAGUUGGAGACGUGCGAGCAACCCAAGCUUUUCCUGACUAUCAAACUCAAGUACGAAGUCCUAGACUGGAAGACACCACCGGCGAAGGUGCGCAAGGGCAUCUCCUGCAUCGGCUACGUGAUUGAAGAAGACGAAGAGUUCCACUACGGAGACUUCUAAUGACCACUGGAUCGUCAUGUAAUCACUCCUGAUGCUGAUAAAACUGCUCGACAGCAGUGUAACCCGUCAGAUUUUGCGGUGACAAGCUGUCCUAAUAAAAUACGAGGCUGUAUACUGUGCGGACUACAAGACAACGCAGCUCAAAUACGCUGAUUUUGUUGACUGUUGGAAUUUUGUAAGAUUCUGGUUGAAAAAAGAAAGAAAGGUAACGGAUGCGACAUGAAUCUGCGAA